UGCCACUUAUCCCUAUAACUAUACAACCCAAAACCUCAAACCUUCAUUAGCCACUCCACACUCCAUUGCAAUCUUGCCCCUUCUCCAACCUCCAAACCCCACUUACCGGUCCAAAAUUUCCCAUAAAUUGCACCCCUUUGCUUCCAAAUCCACUGCCACUCCUAUCCCUACUGAUUUCAACAUUUUAGUUUAUUCUUUGCUAUUAACUUCUGGGUCUUUUUUAUUCUGGUUUACAUAUCUUAGAAACGAGAAGAAGAUGGACAACCUGAACUUGGCCCUUGUGUCUUCCUCUAAACCUUUGAUGUUGGGACGUGUUCUUGCAAGAGACGCCACCGACAGAGACGUUUUAAGAAGAAAGCCCUUCUCUCUUGGAAGGGUCUUGAUUGCUCCUCACCGUUGCCGAUACCGUGUUUCUGCGCUCUCUUCCUCCCAUCAUGGCCAGAAAUCUGUGCAGGAGAAGCCGAUAGUAAAACAUUUUGCAAGUGUUUCGUCUUCAAAUACUAUAGAAACGGCAUCAAUUGGAGUUAACCCACAAUUAUCACCAUCUCCGUCCUCAACUAUAGGGUCACCUCUCUUUUGGAUUGGUGUUGGUGUUGGGCUUUCUGCACUGUUUUCUAUGGUAGCUUCAAGAUUAAAGAAAUAUGCAAUGCAACAAGCUUUCAAGACCAUGAUGGGCCAGAUGAAUCCACAAAAUAACCAAUUUGGUAAUGCCGCCUUUUCUCCGGGGUCUCCUUUUCCGUUUUCAACGCCAUCAGCAGCAGGGCCCACUGCAACUGCUCAAUCUCGAGCACCUUCAGCAUCUAUUGGAUUUCAGUCCACCAACACCGUAGAUGUACCUGCAACAAAAGUAGAGGCUACACCAACUGCUGAUAUUAAAGAUAAAGUGGAAGUACCAAACGAACCCAAAAAAAUUGCUUUUGUAGAUGUUUCUCCUGAAGAAACUGUGCAGAAGAGUCCUUUUGAAAGUGUUAAAGAUGAUGAAUCAAGUUCUGUCAAGGAGAAAGCCCGGGUUCCUGAUGAAGUUUCUCAAAAUGGAGCUUCCUUUAACCAAGGUUUUGGUGGUUUCCCUGGUUCUCAAUCUACAAAAAAAUCAGUCUUGUCAGUGGAGGCUUUGGAGAAAAUGAUGGAGGAUCCAACAGUACAGAAGAUGGUUUAUCCCUAUUUACCUGAGGAGAUGAGGAAUCCUGAUACCUUCAAAUGGAUGCUGCAGCAUCCACAGUACCGUCAACAACUGGAAGAAAUGCUAAGCAACAUGGGUGGAGGUACUGAAUGGGACAGCCAAAUGAUUGAUACCUUAAAGAAUUUUGACCUCAAUAGUCCCCAAGUUAAGCAGCAAUUUGAUCAAAUUGGGCUUUCUCCAGAAGAAGUUGUUUCAAAGAUUAUGGCCAAUCCCGAAGUUGCAAUGGCUUUUCAAAAUCCUAGAGUUCAAGCAGCUAUCAUGGAUUGUUCACAGAAUCCGCUGAAUAUUACUAAAUAUCAAAAUGAUAAAGAGAUUAUGGAUGUCUUCAGUAAAAUAUCAGAACUCUUCCCAGGCGUAGGUUCACCGUGAUUCAUUUGAGUUGCUGUUUGCUGGGUCAAGUUAUGAGAAUACCUCUUCCUAACCAACCACAUGUUAUCCUGCAAAGCUCUCAUGCUCACGGUUACACUCCAUUGUGAAAUGCGGAUACUAACUGUCUGGCCUGGGCCAAAUAUUGGCAGUUUUUUUUUUCACUAAAUAGUUGGGCUUGUACAUUAAUGUUUGAAGUUUCGGAAAAUAUUUUGUUUUGAGUAAUUUUAUCUGCAGUGUGUUUUUGAGUA